AUGCCUAGAUCCAACGCGAGGUACAGCGCCCAGAUCACCCUGGCUCCAGACGUCCACAAGCGACUGAGGCAGGCAACAAGUGAGAACCCUACGCGAUGCAGCUUCACGGACCGCAUUCGAGUGAAAGGAGACGCCACCGCCCAGCAUGAAAGCGGUAAGACUCCGCUUGUUAUUGGUACCUCACAAGAUUCACAAACGACCAUCACCACGACCAUCACCCACAAACAUGCAAGCACCCAAACUGACCCCCCACUAAGGAAAACAGUUGGCACACAGCUUUCACUUGGAACACUAGCAGAACAUGUGAGAAGCAAAGCCACACAGACAGACACCUUUUUAGGUGAAAUGCCACUAUUCUCAACACCAUUGAAGGGGAACGUGAGUGGUGUCCUGGGUUCAAGACCAGCAAAGAGACCACGCCUUGAGGAGGAUGAAGAGGAGGACACAUCAAUUGAUAUUCCUGAGCCUCAUGACUCCACAUACAAUCCAGAAGAUUCUGUGACUAUAGUCACAGAAUCAUCACAGGUGUUACCCACAAAUGGAUACAGCGACACCAAGUACAUUGUUUAUGGAAGCUGCCUCUUUGAGCUUUUUGAGACCUGUCCUGUGUGCCAACGAGUUUGUGAUGUCACCCCACUAAGACGUGGAACUUUCUUGGCCAUAGACCAACUGUGCCCGCACUGCCAGUACUCCAGAAAAUGGAAGAGCCAGCCUGUCCUUGGAAGCAACCCUGCAGGGAACUUGCAAUUGUCAGCUGCCAUAUAUUUUAGUGGUGCAUCUUUCAUUCAGCUUGAAAAGAUUUUCAAUGCGAUGCAUAUAGCGUUGUUUAAAUACGACACUUUUAGAAGACAUGCUCGGAUGUACCUGGAACCAACCAUUAUCCAUAAAUGGGGGAAGGACCAGGAGACACUUCUGCAGCGUCUGAGCCAACAUGACAAGGCCAUAAUUGGAGGUGAUAUGAGGGCGGACUCACCAGGUAUCACUGCAUGAAAAGUGGAAUUUUCGUCAGAAUGUGGCACUGUAGAUUGUUGUGAAACUCCAAGUAUACGACUGCGCAUGACAAUUUGCAGCCAACACCGAAAACUGCCGUAUGUUGUCAGAAGUUGCCGUGGGUCUUGCUCUGAAGUUGUCCCCCCUUCCCCUAAUUCUAGGGGAGGCUUUAACAUGUAAAUGAACAUGGUGUGAGCUAUACAAAUGCAAAUCAGGGUAGCAGCUGGGGGAGUUUUACUCAGGUGACAUUCUGAGAGGUUUUAAACUUUGAUUUUAAUAAAAUCUCUGGUAUCAGUAUAGCCAAAUUACAAACUCUUAAAUUGUAGCUUGAAUUGAUUUAUUUUCAAAGUAUGCUACACUGUUAACCCAGAUAUUGUCUUAAUGAUGUAAACAUUACUUAAUAUUUUGAGUUUUGGACAUAUACUUAAAAAUAUAUUAUACCCAUAAUCCUUUGUCCCUGAAUAUUAUGAUUAUUUAAGCUUUUUUACAGAAUUAAGAACUAAUAAGAACUUUA